AGACAUAACAGCAGUAUUUUUAUUUCAUGCAUGAUGUCGGAUAGCAGAGGGUCAGUCCCACUGGACAAGCUGGUGGUGGUGUGGUGGUGGUGGUGGUGGGGUAGGCCUCCGGGCCUGGCACCCAAGUCUGGGGCUUUUAUUCACCCCGACCAGCAGGAAAUAGUGCUUGGGCAAAACCACCACACAAACUUCUUGACAAUCAGUUAAAAGAUAAAUCUCACAAAACAAACAGCUGAGACGUGGGGGGUGGUGGUGGGGUGGGUAGGUGGGCUUCUAAAUCUUUCCUCCACGAGGGGAAAAACAAAGAAAACUCCUGAGUUACAAACAGGAGGGCAAUGCCUUCUAUUUCCAGACCCGUGCAUAUGUUAAGCAAAACCAAGAAUAAGCAUGAAAAUAUGCCAUUUGAAUUGCAUUCAAAUGUUUUUUUUUUUUUUUUUUUUUACAACUGAAGCAAAUUACUUCUGCAUGUGUGUGGGGGGGGCUCUGCAGAGAGCAAACAGUGUUCUGCCAUUAAUGGGUAAAAUUACACAAUUUGCUUUUAAACAGUAAGCCGCGGUCGCUUCAGCUUCAGAUAGCAUCGCGCUGCUCAGGGCUCCCUCCUUCUCCAGCGCCACUCCCACCAGUUUCUGGGCAUUUUGAAGGCAGCUUGUCAACCCCACCCGGCGCUGCGCUGUCCCAUAGUCCGGAUAGGCCCAUUUCUGUCCUUCAACAUUUUCACUUCUCCGAAGUCCUCUCUGCUAUUCCUCCCGCCACUCUGGUUUCUGGGACUGGGUCACUGAGUUGGAGGGAGGCACCGUGACCUCGAACCCAAGUCUGGGGGGCGGAGGGCGCCUCUUGAAAGUGGGUGCCAACUGUUGCCCGCGCUUCGCCAGGGUGGGCAGCGCCAGCUAUGACCUGCUGGGAGCCCCCCAGGCGCCGCUUCUGCGCCUAAGCGUCCCGAGCCUUAGGCCCCUGGGAGGGCUGGAGCCCGCGCACGUUCAGGGACUGAGCUGCGCCCCGGGGUCCCGGUCCCCAACUUCCCGCGCGCCCCGCCCGCCGCUAUCGCUCACCUCCGGCAGGGGGCGCCGGCGCCGGCCUAGGUCUGCCCAUCGGGGCGGGCGAGUCGGGGACCCUGCCUCCUGCGCGCCCGCGGUCCGCCCCCCGAGCCCGCGCCCCGGAGCCUCGCAGCCUGCCUGCUCGCGGAGUCCGGAGCCUCGCGGUGCGUUCGGGCCAGGAAAGGAGGAAGGAGGUCCACGAGUUCCUCGAAAGGAACCAACUCCGGGCUAAGUUGGGAAGCAUCCGCGAACGAGGGCAGCGAACCUCCGACCGACCGGGGAGGUGGCCCUUGGCCCCCGCGCCCCGGCGCCCACCACUCGCGGCAUGGCCCGGGGCUCCACGCUGCUGCCGCUGCUCGCCCGGGCCGUCUGGGCGGCCGCCGCGCUGCUGCUCUCCGCGCCGCGAAGCUCAGGGGAAGUAGAGGUUCCCGAUCCAAGUGACCCUUUGGGACAACUGGAUGGACAUGACACCCCUAUUCCAACUCUGAAAGGUUACUUUCUGAAUUUUCUGGAGCCAGUGAAUAACAUCACCAUAGUCCAGGGCCAGACAGCAAUUCUGCACUGCAAGGUGGCUGGAAACCCUCCUCCCAGCGUGCGGUGGCUAAAGAAUGAUGCACCGGUGGUGCAGGAGCCACGGCGUGUCAUCAUCCGGAAGACAGAAUAUGGCUCUCGGCUGCGCAUCCAGGACCUGGACACAACCGACACUGGCUACUACCAGUGCGUGGCUACCAACGGGGUGAAAACCAUCACGGCCACUGGUGUCCUGUUUGUACGACUCGGUCCAACACACAGCCCAAAUCAUAACUUUCAAGAUGACUACCAUGAGGACGGAUUCUGCCAGCCUUACCGGGGCAUUGCCUGUGCUCGCUUUAUUGGGAACCGGACCAUAUAUGUGGACUCCCUUCAGAUGCAAGGGGAGAUUGAGAACCGAAUCACAGCUGCUUUCACGAUGAUUGGCACCUCCACGCACCUGUCAGACCAGUGCUCGCAAUUCGCCAUCCCGUCCUUCUGCCACUUCGUGUUCCCGCUGUGCGACGCACGGUCCCGGGUGCCCAAACCCCGCGAGCUGUGCCGGGAUGAGUGCGAGGUGCUGGAGAGCGACCUGUGCCGCCAGGAGUAUACCAUCGCGCGCUCCAACCCGCUCAUCCUCAUGAGCCUGCAGCUGCCCAAGUGCGAGGCGCUGCCCAUGCCUGAGAGCCCCGACGCCGCCAACUGUAUGCGCAUCGGCAUCCCGGCUGAGAGACUGGGUCGCUACCAUCAGUGCUACAACGGCUCAGGCACAGAUUACAGAGGGACAGCAAGCACCACCAAGUCGGGCCAUCAGUGCCAACCAUGGGCCCUGCAGCACCCGCACAGCCACCACCUGAGCAGCACGGAAUUCCCUGAGCUGGGAGGGGGGCACGCCUACUGCCGGAACCCUGGAGGGCAGAUGGAAGGGCCCUGGUGCUUCACGCAGAAUAAAAACGUACGCAUGGAACUGUGUGACCUUCCCUCUUGUAGUCCUCAAGACAGUAGCAAGAUGGGGAUUCUGUACAUCUUGGUUCCAAGCAUCGCCAUUCCCCUGGUCAUUGCAUGCCUUUUCUUCUUGGUCUGCAUGUGCCGAAAUAAGCAGAAGGCAUCGGUGUCCACACCCCAGCGCCGGCAGCUGAUGGCAUCCCCCAGCCAGGACGUGGAGAUGCCUCUCAUUAAUCAGCACAAGCAGGCUAAAUUGAAGGAGAUUAGCUUGUCUACUGUGAGGUUCAUGGAGGAGCUGGGAGAGGAUCGGUUUGGCAAAGUAUACAAAGGCCACUUGUUCGGCCCAGGACCAGGGGAGCAGACCCAGGCCGUGGCCAUCAAAACGCUCAAGGACAAAGCUGAGGGGCCGUUGCGGGAGGAGUUCCGGCAUGAGGCCAUGCUAAGGGCCCGGCUCCAGCACCCCAACAUUGUCUGCCUGCUGGGCGUGGUGACCAAGGACCAGCCUCUCAGCAUGAUCUUCAGCUACUGCUCGCACGGGGACCUUCACGAGUUCUUGGUCAUGCGCUCGCCGCACUCGGACGUGGGCAGCACAGACGAUGACCGCACGGUGAAGUCUGCCCUGGAGCCCCCUGACUUCGUCCACGUAGUGGCACAGAUAGCCUCGGGUAUGGAGUACCUGUCCAGCCACCACGUCGUCCACAAGGACCUGGCUACCCGCAACAUCCUGGUCUUCGACAAGUUGAACGUGAAGAUCUCAGACCUGGGGCUAUUCCGGGAAGUCUACUCGGCUGAUUACUACAAGCUGAUGGGGAGUGCACUGCUGCCUGUCCGCUGGAUGUCCCCCGAGGCCAUCAUGUAUGGCAAGUUCUCUGUGGACUCAGACAUCUGGUCUUAUGGUGUGGUCCUGUGGGAGGUCUUCAGCUAUGGCCUGCAGCCCUACUGCGGGCACUCCAACCAGGACGUGGUGGAGAUGGUCCGAAGCCGCCAGGUGUUGCCGUGCCCUGACGACUGUCCGGCCUGGGUGUACACCCUGAUGAUUGAGUGCUGGAAUGAGUUCCCUAGCCGGCGGCCCCGCUUCAAGGACAUCCACAGCCGGCUCCGGGCUUGGGGCAACCUGUCCACCUACAACAGCUCGGCGCAGACCUCUGGAGCCAGCAACACCACACAGACCAGCUCCCUGAGCACCAGCCCCGUGAGUAACGUGAGCAACGCCCGCUACGGGGCCCCCAAGCAGAAGGCCCAGCCCUUCCCACAGCCCCAGUUUAUCCCCAUGAAGGGUCAGAUCAGACCCAUGGUGCCCCCACCCCAGCUUUAUAUUCCCGUCAACGGGUACCAGCCGGUGCCAGCCUAUGGGGCCUACCUGCCCAACUUCUAUCCGGUCCAGAUCCCCAUGCAGAUGGCCCCUCAGCAGGUGCCUGCCCAGAUUGUCCCCAAGCCCGGCUCCCAUCACAGUGGCAGCGGGUCCACCAGCACAGGCUAUGUCACCACUGCACCCUCUAACACCUCAGUGGCGGACAGGGCGGCCCUUCUGUCGGAGGGCACUGAGGACACACAGAAUGUCCCUGAAGAGGUGGCACAGAAUCCUGUGCGAGAAGCAGAGGAGGAGGAGGACGGCUCCGUCCCCGAGACUGAGCUGCUGGGAGAUAACGACACUCUGCAGAUGGAUGAGGCGGAGGUCCAGCUGGAAGCCUGAGGGGCUCUGUGCCAGGGUGCUCUGGGAGACCUCAGCCACCUUUGAGAAGCGAACCCACCUUUGAAAACGUACUGGUGACUGGGCUGCAGUCUCUCCUUAGACAAAUCCUGCUCCUCUGUUGUCUUGUUGUGCACAGAGCUGCCACUGAGGCUCCUGUGUAGUUGGGGGAUUAUUUCGUUAGUCUCUGGGGUCUCACCAGUUAGGGGUAAGCUGGCACCUAUAGAUGGGACGGACACACAUCCCAGGAGGUGGAUUGAUGGUCGACACUGUCUGUGCUCUGGAGGGAAAUAAGUGACAUCUUCCCUCCGUGUUUCCUACGGAUCCAGUUUGACAAAUCUUGGGCGGGGUGUGUGUGUGUGUGUGUGUGCGGGACGUAGUCCUGCAAAUGGCAGGAAAGUGGAACCUCAGACUCUCCCGUGACUGUCCUGCUCGCUGAGGAUAGAGGAGGCUGUUCUCUCUGUGCCUCCUGCCUACCCUCCCACUCGCCAGUGACAUUCCUCUCUCAGCCACCAGAGAUAUGUGGGACCAGGACAUCACUGCCUGCCCCUUUGCCAGGGUCUGAAAUAAAAUGGCUUUUUCAAUGGAAGCUCCUGGAUUCAAAUGUGCCUUAGUAGAAACCGACAUGAUUUUGUACUUUUGUGAAGAAAUUAUCUUAAUCACACUGCAUGUGUCUUUUUUUUUUUUGCCUGCUUUUUUGGCAUCAAGGGGAAGUGUUUCUUGGCUUUGGAAUGUUACAAAGGAAGCAGUAUUGUACACAGCACACUGUUGUUUUUGUUUUUGUCCCCCCCUUUUUUUUUUUGAAGAAACAUGUACAGACCUUAAAUGUAAUUUAUAUGGUUUUUUUUUUUUUUGGUAUGCCAUUUUCAUUGAUGUAUUUUUGAUCUUAAAAUAAUGACUUGGUAAUUUAAGUGUUUACAUUCCCCACCCUGGGAUGUCAUCUGAUUGUAUUUUUGUUUGCUGGUGUUCAUUCCCACACGUAAACAAGGUCCAUUCAUUUCAGAGGUCCUGUUGGAGAAAGGCCACGGAGCAUUCUGCCUCCUGCACCCCACCUACCAGGAUGCCUCUCACCUGCCAUUCUCACAGUGUCAACUGUAAUCCCCACACCUCGUGUAUCCAAUAAAGUGAAACAACAUUCAUUUGA